AAUCAGCUGGGAGCCUAACAAAUCUCUAGGCCUGGCUGCCAUUUUUAGACAUUUGAUUCAAUCUCUGGGUCUGGAGAUUUUUUAAAAGCUUCUCAAGAGAUACUAAUAGACAGCAAAAUUUGGGAACCAUUUUUCUAAUUACAUAAAAAUUGAAAAAGAGACAUACGAAAAGGACCUAGCGAUCAUAGGUUCUAAAAGGAUAAAAAUAGACUAACAAAUUAAUAAUUCAGUUGAUUCUAGCCUUUUUUUCUUUUUAGCAGAAACCAUAGGUAUAAAAUUUGUUUGAAGAUUAUGCAGAUAUUUCUGUCCUUCUAGGCUCUGUAGCUUCUAAAAUUUAUGAAAAUUCACUACUGGCAGUGCACAGAUUUUUGAGGAUGAGCAAAACUUUUCAUCAAGUUCUUUCAAUGGGAAAAAUGGUGAAGAUGUUCAGUUUCGUCCUUGUCACCACUGCUCUGCUAACAGGAAGGGAAAGCUGGGCUCUCGAGAACUGUCUCCAGGAGCAGGCGCGUCUCAGAGCUCAGGUACACCUGCUUGAGAUCCGGGUCAAACGGCAACAGGUCAAGAUCGCGCAGCUUUUACAAGAGAAGGAAAUCCAGUUUCUGGAUAAAGGAGAGGAGGAUAGUGUCAUUGACCUUGGAGGCAAGAGGCAAUAUGCAGAUUGUUCAGAGAUUUUUAAUGAUGGGUAUAAGCAGAGUGGAUUUUACAAAAUCAAACCUCUCCAGAGCCCAGCAGAAUUCUCUGUCUAUUGUGACAUGUCUGAUGGAGGAGGAUGGACUGUAAUUCAGAGACGAACUGAUGGCAGUGAGAACUUUAGCAGGGGCUGGAAUGACUAUGAAAAUGGCUUUGGAAAUUUUGUCCAUAAAAAUGGUGAAUAUUGGCUGGGUAAUAAAAAUCUUCAUUUAUUAACCAUACAAGGAGACUAUGCUUUAAAAAUUGACCUUGCAGAUUUUGGGAAAAAUAGCCGUUAUGCCCACUAUAAAAAUUUCAAAGUUGGCGAUGAAAAGAAUUUCUACGAGUUGGAUAUUGGAGAAUAUUCUGGAACAGCUGGAGACGCCCUUGCGGUGAAUUUUCAUCCUGAGGUACAAUGGUGGGGAAGUCACCAAAGAAUGAAAUUCAGCACAUGGGACAGAGAUAAUGACAACUAUGAAGGGAAUUGUGCGGAAGAAGAGCAGUCUGGCUGGUGGUUUAACAGAUGUCACUCUGCAAACCUGAAUGGUUUAUACUACCCUGGUUCCUACAGGGCUAAAACCGACAAUGGGAUUGUCUGGCACACCUGGCAUGGAUGGUGGUAUUCUUUGAAAUCCGUGGUUAUGAAAAUUAGGCCAAAUGAUUUUAUUCCAAAUAUUGUUUAAUUGUCCUUCUUGGGCUUUUAUUGCUGCAGUUCAUCUUGGUUUAAAGCAAUUUGAAAAAUAACAGUUCUGAACAUAUACAUAUAUAAUAAUGGUAAUUGUUAUAUGUAGUACUUUUCAUUCUUGCUUGCCUUUAUUACUUAAUGUAGUUUCAGUAUAGCAUAUAUAAUAUUCACCAAAUAAAUGUUAAUUAUGUUAAUA